AAAGCGACGGAAGGCAGUUCCGUAACAUGCGCCAUUGAAAACAAACGCAGCGGCUACGGUGGCUCGCGCUUUCUGCUAACUCGGAGCUCCCUGACCCAGCUUUUAAUAGACACAGUGUGUGUUUGCGAACCAUGGAGACGAUUUUAGAACAGCAGCGUCGUUACCACGAAGAGGAAGAGCGACUGAUGGACGCCCAAACUAAAGAAAUGUUGCACAAAAAGUCCACGCUUCGAGAACAAAUUAAUUCCGAUCAUCGCAUAAGAGCUAUGCUGGAUAGGUACAUGGACGUGAGCGCAAACCUGAGAGACUCCUACGAAGACAAAGACGGGAUGAGGAGAGACGAGCUCACCGCCAUUUCUGGACCAAACGAGUUUGCUGAGUUCUACAACAGACUGAAACACAUAAAGGAGUUCCACCGAAAGCAUCCAAACGAGAUUUCCAUUCCCAUGUCAGCAGAGUUUGAAGAGCUGAUGAAGGCCAGAGACAACCCCAGUGAAGAGGCUCAGAACAUGGUGGACUUCACUGAUGAAGAAGGAUACGGCCGCUAUCUGGAUCUCCAUGACUGCUACCUGAAGUACAUCAACUUGAAGGGAGCGGAGAAACUGGACUACAUCACCUACCUGUCCUCAUUCGACCAACUUUUCGACAUCCCCAAAGACAGGAAGAACGCAGAAUACAAAAAGUACCUGGAAAUGCUGCUGGAGUAUCUGCAAGACUACACAGACCGGGUCAAGCCUCUGCUGGACCAGAACGAGCUCUACGGGAAAGUCCUGACCGACUUUGAGAAAAAGUGGGAGAACGGGACGUUUCCGGGCUGGCCUAAAGAGACGAGUAGUGCUCUGACCCACGCCGGAGCUCAUCUGGACCUCUCUGCGUUCUCCUCCUGGGAGGAGCUGGCCUCUCUGGGUCUGGACAGGCUGAAGUCUGCUCUCAUGGCUUUGGGGCUGAAGUGUGGAGGGACUCUGGAGGAGAGAGCUCAGAGGCUGUUCAGCACCAAAGGCAAAUCCCUGGAAUCACUGGACCCGUCUCUGUUCGCCAAGAACCCCAAAGCCAAAGGGCCUAAGAAAGACACGGAGCGGAACAGGGAAACGGCCUUCCUGGAAGCUCAGGUCUACGAGUAUGUGGAGACCCUGGGGGAGCAGAGGCAGCUCACCCAUGAGAACGUGCAGCGGAAGCAGGCGAGGACAGGAGAGGAGCGCGAAGAGGAAGAGGAAGAGCAGCUGAGCGAGAGUGAGAGUGAAGAUGAAGACAACGAGAUCAUAUACAACCCCAAAAACCUGCCGCUGGGCUGGGAUGGCAAGCCGAUCCCUUACUGGCUCUACAAACUGCACGGCCUGAACAUCAACUACAACUGUGAGAUCUGUGGAAACUACACCUACAGAGGACCCAAGGCCUUCCAGAGGCACUUUGCAGAGUGGCGACAUGCACAUGGAAUGCGCUGUCUAGGAAUCCCCAACACGGCUCAUUUUGCCAACGUCACACAGAUAGAGGACGCCGUCUCUCUCCUGUUGUGGGCGAAGCUAAAGUCCCAGAAGGCGUUGGAGCGGUGGCAGCCGGACACAGAGGAGGAGUACGAGGACUCCAUUGGAAAUGUGGUCAACAAGAAGACGUACGAGGAUCUGAAGAGACAGGGUCUGCUGUAGAAGGACAGCGUGACUCUGAGCUGCUUCUUUUUUUUAAAAGUCAUAUUUACUCUUGUUUUAUGUCUUAAGUAGUGCUGUUAUUUUCCAGAUAACUUUUCUCCAGUUUGUAACAUGUCAACCUCUGAUGAUUUCAAUAAACCGAGGACUUUGAGUCCCUGUCAUUCCUAAA